CCAAGCGCGCGGGCGUCAAUGGCACAGAGUAGUGCACGUCACCUGUGUCUAAUGUGUAGCUAGAAACGCUAACACGGCUCGAAAUUCUCCUCAGAUUCGGCCCUUUUACCCAAUACUCAGGUCGAAGAUAUUUGUUCAUUGAGCCGAAGUGAAAAGGGGUGUCAAAAAUGACCGCUAACGUUCGCAAACCCAGCCGAGAGCCGUUGAGGGCAGAAGUGACCGUGUGAAUUGAACGCAUUAGCAAGUCAGCUAGCUGGGUUUACCUUUAGCUGCGCUAGUCGAGCUAAUAUCAUACACGCUCAAAAUAUUUAGAUGUUCAGCGAGUGGCUUCUCGAUAGGAAAGGCAAAUUUGACGGCCGUCUGGAACGUGGCGUCUUCUGGAGGGCAACUUUCAAUCCGAGAAACAUUUGUUUGUCCAAUGUGAUUCACCUGGAAAAGUAGAAGUAUUCUAGACAGCUACAUGUCACAGCUUGAGUAGAGUCUUAUGAGGCAUGUCAUCUGAGGAGAGCAAAUCCCGUCUUCCUGCUGGACAGUGGCCUGAGCCAUGGGGGCAUUUUUGGACAAGCCCAAAACGGAGAAGCACAAUGCUCAUGGGGAAGGAAACGGCCUGCGUUUUGGCCUCAGCAGCAUGCAGGGCUGGAGAGUGGAGAUGGAGGAUGCACACACUGCAGCUGUAGGCCUGCCACAUGGUCUGGAUGACUGGUCCUUCUUUGCGGUCUACGAUGGUCACGCCGGCUCGCGUGUUGCUAACUACUGCUCCAAGCACCUGUUGGAGCAUAUCGUUGCUGCGGGGUCGGCAGAUGAACUGCGGAGGGCUGGAGCACCGGCACCUGAGACGGCAGCAAUAGAAGCAGUGAAGAAGAGGAUUCGUGCCGGCUUCCUGAGGAUUGAUGAGCACAUGCGCAGCUUCACGGACCUGCGAAAUGGCAUGGACCGCAGCGGCUCCACUGCAGUAGCUGUGCUGCUUUCUCCAGAACAUCUAUACUUCAUUAACUGUGGGGACUCACGGGCCCUUCUCUGCCGCAACGCGCACGUCUGCUACUCCACGUUGGAUCAUAAGCCCUGCGACCCACGGGAGAAGGAACGCAUCCAGAACGCAGGUGGCUCGGUGAUGAUUCAGAGAGUGAAUGGGUCACUGGCUGUAUCCAGAGCACUAGGUGACUAUGACUACAAGUGUGUAGAGGGCAAAGGCCCCACAGAGCAGCUUGUGUCACCAGAGCCUGAAAUAUUCGAGAUUGCUCGGUCAGACGUGGAGGAUGAAUUUGUGGUGCUGGCAUGUGAUGGUAUCUGGGAUGUGAUGAGCAAUGAGGAGCUGUGUGCCUUUGUGCGAUCGAGGCUGGAGGUGACCGAAGACCUGGAGAGAGUUUGCAAUGAAGUUGUGGAUACUUGUCUACAUAAGGGAAGUCGAGAUAAUAUGAGUAUUGUAUUAGUCUGUUUGCCAAAUGCACCCCAGGUGUCAGAGGCGGCGUUAAAGAGAGAUGCUGAUUUGGACAGGUACCUUGAGUCACGUGUGGAAGAAAUCAUGGAGAAAGCAGGGGAAGAAGGUGUGCCUGAGCUGACACAUGUCAUGAGCAGCCUUUCCCAAGAGAGUAUCCCUAACCUCCCACCAGGGGGCGGCCUUGCCUGCAAGCACAGUGCUAUUGAAGCAGUAUACAACCGGCUGAACCCCCACAGAGAAGAAGAUGGUAGUGGUGCUGACCUUGAGGACCUGUGGUAGUUGUCGUACCUGAGGGAAGAGCCCUUUUCUACACGAGACAUCAGUCAUGUUUCUAUCGUUCCAGUGAAACUUAAUUGGAAUAAGAGUCACAGCACAAUGGAAACACAGUACAACCAAAAGCAUUACAAGCAGUUUUUUGCUAAUACAUGAGGGAAAGAAUGGAGUUCCAGUUUUAACAAAAUGCACAUCAUACAACAAAACCUUUUUUUCUUUAUUUUAAUUUUUUUGUGGUGGCUUUUCAUUUUGAAACAGGAUGUUUUUUUGGCGGGAUGGACCAAUGUACGUGCUGUGAUGUCUCCAGUAGGCUGCAAAUUAGAGUGACUUUUGCCUUGCAGCCCCUGGUUUCAGAGAGACGGAUCAUUACUGGGUUUAAUUAAGGAUGUAUUUGACUGACGAAUGCAUUCAAGACAUGUUUUAAAGAAUUGUUUCAUUACUACAUAACCUGUGUCGAAAGGUUUGAAGCUUGUUGGCUUUUUCCACCUUCCCUGCCCUCCCCAUGUGCGCUGACAUGCCUUUAGGUAGAACCUUGGACUCCAUUCUGCUUCAUUUUGUUAUCACUUGAUUGAUUGUCAAAAGCUUUUUAAUCCUGCUGUUUCAGAGAAUAUAGAAUAUAUAGAGAUAAAUAUAUAUAAAUUCUUAUAUAUUUUUUAUUUUUCCCAAGUUUGAUGUUCUCUGUGGCUUAACGUGUGACAAGCAAUAGAGUUGAGUUGGUGGCGACCAAUGAGUGUGCCAUCUUGCGUGAAUUCCUUUAGACGCACUGAGAUUGUUCAAAUUAUGUACUUGUGUAACCUAGCCACCCAGGAUCUAUGGGUGUUGUUGGCUAAAAGGGAUUGUUAUUGCCCACCAAAGCCACGCAGCUUUUCUCAGCUCCCCACUGUAUUAUAUCUCUCAAUCUUCUCUCCUUGUCAGCCCUCGUGUUCACAAUGCAGAUGUGAACUUGCUACAACCUGCCCUUUUUUCUUUUUGUUUUGUUUUUUACUUUUUCCCCCCUUCAGAGUAUAUUGUAAAGCUGUGUUUUUGUUUUGGUUAGCUGAACAUGAAAAUACUAGCUUUAUGAUGAGUUCUUUACUGAUUUAUCAAUACAAGUGUAAUGUUGUUUUUUCUCAAAUAUAUUUUCAGCAGUCAACGACAGUACUCAUUGGCCUUUAAAGGUGACAUUGAGCAGAACAAUAAAGAUAAAGGAAAAAGCA